CUUGCAGGCAUCUCUGGAGGGUGUGUGUUCUGCUGAUGCCGCUGCUCCCCCUGAUGCUACAGCCGCGGCUGCUCCCGCAUCUAAUUAAAAACUGUAGUAGUAUAUGAUAUGGCAGUCCAAAUUCGUGGGCCGGUCCACUACCCUAUCGUCAAAAGCCCACUAACGCAUUAACUCAAGCUUAAAAGGCCCCCAACACCAUAACUGCCUCCCCCGUAGCGCAGGCGAAGACACGGAAAAAAAGCUACUUUUAUCUCCACAUUUGUCGUCGACGGAGGCGAAAAGAACGGCUAUGGGAACUCUUUUACUCUCGUAUCUUCUUCUCCUCCUCUCCGCCGCCUCCUUCCUCACCGCCGAAGCUGGGUCCGUCGGAGUCAACUACGGCCGAGUGGCGAACAACCUCCCCACGGCGACAAAAGUAGUCGAGCUACUCAAAUCUCAGGGAAUAACUCAGGUGAAGCUGUACGACGCCGACGCAACCGUACUUAAAGCUCUAGCCGGCACCGGCAUCCACGCGGUGGUCACACUCCCCAAUGAGCAGCUCGCCGCCGCUUCCUCUCGCCUCUCCUUCGCCAUCUCUUGGAUACAACACAACGUCGCUGCUUUCCACCCUUCCACCACAAUUCGCGCCAUCGCUGUUGGCAAUGAAGUCUUCGUCGACCCCCGCAACCUCACCGCCUAUCUGAUACCCGCCAUGCGCAACCUUCACUCCGCCCUCGUCCGCCUCCGCCUUGACACCGACAUCAAACUCUCGUCACCCAUCGCCCUCACCGCCCUCCAGUCCUCCUACCCUUCCUCUGCCGGUUCCUUCCGCCCCGACCUGGCAGACUCCGUCAUCCGCCCCAUGCUCGAUCUCCUCCGCCAAACAAACUCCUCUCUAAUGGUGAACGCUUACCCUUUCUUCGCUUACGAGGCUAAUUCCGACGUCAUCUCCCUCGACUACGCUCUAUUCCGUCCAAAUCCCGGCGUCGUCGACGCUGGCAACGGGCUAAAAUACCUGAGCCUAUUGGACGCCCAAAUCGACGCCGUCUACGCCGCAAUGUCACAGCUUAAAUACGACGACGUCCCAAUAGUCAUAUCCGAAACCGGAUGGCCGUCGAAGGGUGAUCCCAAAGAGACCGGCGCCAGCGCAGCUAAUGCGGCGGCAUAUAACGGAAAUCUCGUUCGCCGGGUCCUUACUGGCAAUGCCGGAACGCCGCGUCGACCCAAGGCUGACAUAGAUGUAUAUCUGUUUGCUCUGUUCAACGAGAAUCAGAAACCAGGUCCGACAUCUGAAAGAAAUUAUGGGUUGUUUUACCCGAAUGAAGAGAAGGUGUAUGAGAUUGAUCUUUCGUUGAAUAAAGGAGGGGUGAGAUGGAACGAGGACAGGGGGAAGGGAAGCGGCGGAAAUGACGGGAGUGGUUCGCCGGAGGGGAAGGCUGGGGAGAAAUGGUGUGUGUCGAAUGCGGCGGUGGGGAGGGAGAGAUUACAGGCGGCGCUUGACUAUGCUUGCGGCGAAGGAGGAGCAGAUUGCCGGGGGAUUCAGCCGGGAGCGACCUGUUAUGAUCCAAACACGGUGGAAGCGCAUUCGACUUUUGCUUUUAAUAGUUACUAUCAAAAGAACGGAAGAGUUGCCGAAUCUUGCGACUUCGCCGGCGCCGCCUACGUCGUCUCCCAGCAACCCAAGGUGGGAAAAUGCUCGUUACCGGCCGGUGCUUAGAGAUCGCCGGCGUCGACUUCAAGUUGGCCGGAGAAGAAGAUGAUGAUGAUGAUGAGAAUGAUAUAAGAGUUAGAGAGAGAAGUGGAACGUUGGAUCUCUCUGCUUCUUAUUUCUGCCAACAAACACUAUAUAUAUUUUGGCUCUCUAAUAUACUACCAUUUUUUUAAUACGUUUAUCAUUAGUUAAAUGCUUUGGGAAUGCGACAGUGUCCUUAGUGCUGUCUCAUGGUUUUAUCUUAGUCUAAUUUUAUAUAAUUUUGCACCUUUGAUUAGCUGAAUCUGCUCUUCCUCUUCUGUACAAUUAGUAAGUUAUUAUUAAAUUUACUUUCCUGAUGAAGUUUAUGCCUUUGUAAGGAAAAUCUAUUGGUUUUUUC